AUGUGUCUUCUAUGGUACGCCAGCACUCACUACCCCGAUCCCCACCUACCGGCCAAGCCCGUCUCCGACGCCGGCCUCUCCCCCUCGCAGCUCCAAAAGCUUCCCUCCAUCACCGGAAAAGACCUUCUCAUGGGCUCCGAAUGCGCCGUCUGCCUCGACGACAUCGCCACCGACCAACCCGCUCGACUCGUUCCCGGUUGCAACCACGCCUUCCAUGUGGAAUGCGCUGACACCUGGCUCUCCAAGCACCCUCUCUGCCUUCGCUGCAGAGCCAAACUCGACCCCACGCUUUUCUCUUCCUCGGAAAAUCCUUGCUGA